AUGGCUUUACGAUACUUGGUUUCGCUAUCUUUGGCGGUCGCAGUUGUGGCCGAUCAGACCUCACACGUCAGCAUCAGUCUCGGCGGUGCUCCUGCUGUCAGCCAUCACAGUUCCUCUCACCACGGACGCACUACAUACCACCAUCAACCAACCUACCACACACGGUCCUCAUACCAUCCACAACCUUCCUACCAUCAUGCUCCCGCUUAUCACCCACAACCUUCCUAUGAGCAUGAACAUGAGCCUGCUGUGCCAGAAUGUGCUGCCAACACAACCAAAUCGUGGUGUCUCGACGACGAUCAGUAUCCCAUCUACGAGAUCAAACACGCAGCUGAGUAUCACUACGAGAAGCUCCUCUCCCUCUACGCUGACGUAGCCGACCUCAACACUGAGCUGUCUGUGGACCGACCAAACACCCUGGAUGAGGAAACUUACCUGUGCCCAUCAGAGACCGCUUACGUCAGGCCCCUUCGUGCCCAGAACACCGAGGGAAAAUGGCGUGUCGUUGUAAACAAUAUCGAUGCCCAUUAUCAAACUUUCACUCAGACUACACGCAUUGAAGAGUGUCUCACUUCCGGGGAUGCAUGUCCUCUUGUGCCUGAGUGCUACGAGUCCAAGUGUCUGCAGAAGUCCAUCUAUCAUCGCUUCCUUGUCUACGAUUCCUAUGAUCAGUACUUCCCCUUCGCCAUCGAGACAUUCAAGCUUCCCGCCAGCUGUGCUUGUCUGUUGGGUGGCUACACCAUCGAUCAUUAUCCUUCUAUCACUCAGCUUCUUACCCACUUUAUGGCACUCAGUAGCUCCUACAAGUUAUCGCGAUCUGUGUUUAUCCUUAAUUUAUCGGUCACUUUGACGAGUUGCAGAACGACUACACGCAUCGAAGAGUGUCUUACUUCCGCCGAUGCAUGUCCUCUGGUGCCUGAGUGCUACGAGUCCAAGUGUCUGCAGAAGUCCAUCUGCCACCGCUUCCUUGUUUACGACCCCUAUGAUCAGUACUUCCCCUUCGCCAUCGAGACAUUCAAACUUCCCGUCAGCUCAUACGGACAUCACCCACAGCCCACUUACGGUCAUCACGCGUCAGCUUACAGUCAUCAUGCGCCUGCUUAUGGUCACCAGCAUGCGUAUAAGCACGGUUACUGCGACCCAACUGUUGCCCCCGCAUGCGCUGACAACUCCACUCUCUCCUACUGCUUGGAAGAUGCUGAGUAUCCCGAGUAUGAGAUCAAGUCUGCCAUCACUGCCGAUCACCUGUUUGCCAAGAAGUACGCUGAUGUCGCCGACCAGUCUGCGGAUGACUUGGUAGACAUGAUUACCAAGGACCAGGAGGAGGCCUUCGACUACUCUUACUACACUGGGGCCUCCACUGGGGACUCUCCCUACGACGCCACACACUGGGCUGGUCCUGAGGGUUACAUCUGUCCCUCUGAAGUGGUAUAUGCCAUGCCCAAACGUGCCCAGAAUGUGGAAGGCAAGUGGCGCGUCAUUGUGAACGACGUUCACUAUUACAGCCAGACUGCCCGCUUGGAAACUUGUCUGUUCCCAGAGGCUGCUUGCCGCGCUCUUGCUCCUUGUUACCAGAGCCACUGCACCCAGAAGUCAGUGUACCACCGACUCCUCUCCUACGAUCCAUGUGACCCCUACAAGGUUGUGGCCGACCAGACCUCACACGUGAGCAUCAGUCUCGGCGGUGCUCCUGCUGUCAGCCAUCACAGUUCCUCUCACCACGGACGCACUUCAUACCACCAUCAACCAACCUACCACACACGGUCCUCAUACCAUCCACAACCUUCCUACCAUCCUGCUCCCGCUUACCACCCACAACCUUCCUAUGAGCAUGAACACGAGCCUGCUGUGCCAGAAUGUGCUACCAACACAACCAAAUCAUGGUGCCUCGAAGACGACCAUUAUCCCACCUACGAGAUCAAACACGCAGCUGAGUAUCACUACCAGAAGCUUCUCUCCCUCUACGCUGACGUAGCCGACCUUAACACCGAGCUGUCUGUGGACCGACCAAACACCCUGGAUGAGGAAACUUACUUGUGCCCAUCAGAGACCGCUUACAUCAAGCCACUUCGUGCCCAGAACACCGAGGGAAAAUGGCGUGUCGUUGUAAACAAUAUCGAUGCCCACUAUCAAACUUUCACUCAGACUACACGCAUUGAAGAGUGCCUCACUUCCGGGGAUGCAUGUCCUCUUGUGCCUGAGUGCUAUGAGUCUAAGUGUCUGCAGAAGUCCAUCUAUCACCGCUUCCUUGUCUACGAUUCCUAUGACCAGUACUUCCCCUUCGCCAUCGAGACAUUCAAGCUUCCCGCCAGCUGUGCUUGUCUGUUGAGUGCCUACACCAUCGAUCAUUAG